AUGAUUCAAGAUUCAAGAUUCAAGACUGAGUCUUCAAAAACAACUACUGUAGCCUAAGAGAUCUGCACUGCGAAAGCGUUCAGAUCGACUGACUGAGCCUCUCUCCUCUCCCCCUUUAUAUAGUCCCAGAACGCACUCGCCGAGCGCAAAAAUGUGUGCCGCGGUGCGCUCUCUCGCUUCCCGUUGGCUGAAGCCGCCCGAGCCGAGGCGCGGCCCGGCCAAUCAGCGCGCUCGCUUUCCCCGGUGUGCCGAGUUUUGCGCUCGGCAGUCGACCAUGCGUGAUAUAAAAGAAUCCGAAACGGUCGGUCCCAGUAGUUCUGUUGUACGCAGUCGGACUAGCAACAUGCCGCCCAAAGUAUCGAGCAAAGGAGCCAAGAAAGCCGGAAAGGCGAAAGCCGUCCGCACCGGCGAUAAGAAGAAGAAGAGGAGGAGAAAGGAAAGCUACAGCAUCUACAUCUACAAGGUGUUGAAGCAAGUGCACCCCGACACUGGCAUCUCUUCCAAAGCUAUGUCUAUCAUGAACUCUUUCGUGAAUGACAUCUUCGAGCGCAUCUCUGCCGAGGCCAGCCGUCUCGCUCAUUACAACAAGAGGAGCACCAUCACCUCCCGAGAGAUCCAGACCGCUGUCAGGCUGCUCUUGCCAGGCGAGCUCGCCAAGCACGCUGUCAGUGAGGGAACCAAGGCUGUCACCAAGUACACCACCUCCAAGUAAACUCCACUGGCCAAGUCAGCGAGAGACCCCCAUCUUUUCUCUCCUAUUCUAACGGCCCUUUUCAGGGCCUUCCCA